AUGAGGGUCGGUGAAACCCUUCGGAGUUACGCCAGUCGGUAUUGGGAACUAUACAACAAAAUCGGUGGGGGAAAUGAGAAGAUAGCGGCAAGCACCUUUAGGAUGGGGCUUCCCAAGGAUUCUGAACUACAGGAGUCGCUGACGAAAAGACCUCCCGAGGAUAUGAGGCAAUUUAUGAGGCGCAUUGAGGAGUAUAAGCGUCUGGAAGAUGAUCGGCUGCAGAAUAAAGGGAAGGCCCCAUUACUCGGCAGAUCUCGACAGGGCAUUAUUCCGACAAGACCGAAAAAAGAUUUCUGGAUGCAGGAAUCAGAGGCGCAAAUUGAAGGAGUUAAUGUGGCGUUCAAAGAGCUUGUGCACAAAAUUCUAGAUCGGAUUAAGAAUGAAUCGUUCUUUAGGUGGCCGAACAAGAUGGGGGGUGACCCAUUUCGGAGGAAUCAAAACUUGUACUGCACAUACCACAGGGAUAAAGGGCACACCACCGAGCAGUGUCGGGUACUAAAAGAUCAUCUCGGGCAGCUAGUAAAAGCAGGGUAUCUGAAAGAGUUCGUAGUGGACUUCGUAGACCGAGAUGCCGACCAGGGUGUUCAGCAGAAAAGGAAUCCCCUCCCACCCCCGCUGGGAGUGAUCAAAGUCAUCCACGCUGCCCCGAGAGAUGUGGCCACAGUUAAGAGAGUACUGACAGUGGCCUGCGCGGAAGGAGAAUCACCCGAGAAAAGGAUGAAAGUUGGUCGGCUGACAAUCUCUUUUGACGAGGAAGACUUGGAGAGGACGGUCCAAUCUCAUGAUGAUGCGUUGGUAGUAACAGCUCGGAUAAGCAGGUUCUUGGUGAAAAGAGUGAUGAUAGACCAGGGAAGCGGAGCUAACGUAAUGUACCCGAAUUUGUUCGAAGGGCUCGGAUUGAAGAGUCAAGACUUGGUGAAAUAUGAUACGCCGCUGGUCUAG